AUGACCUCGAAGGGCCAUAUCACCAAUCCGCGUAACAAGUGGUGUCCAACACAUCUCAGGCCAUGGUCGGACUUCCUAGAACAACAAAGAGCUAUCUUUGUCUUUGGUGCACUCUACGACACGUUUCCUACCCAGAGCCGCGCUUUAGAGAGCCGAAGUUUCCUGGCCGGCCUGGGAAACCGAAUCUCCCCGCGAUCUAUAGCAAACGAGAAGACACUCGAGCAUUUCCUGCAGAACAGUGUGGAGGAUCCAGUCAGAGCGAUAAUAGAGCAGCUCAAGCAGGUGGAUGAGGUCAGCAGUGCUUUCGACAUGGGAAAUGGCAUCAUCUUCGAGAAUCACCUCCAUGCCAUCAGCGACAUUGCUGAAGAAGUUGUUGCUCGGGAGACUCCUUCGACACCACUACAGACGCCGGACCGCACACGAGACCUCAACCAGCUGCGACCCGAUCAGAUCUGCGUCUAUCGAUCCAACGAUGCACUUGCGAUGACGCGUACUAUGGUCUACGACGUUGUCAAUCGAAAAACCAUUCCCACUUCUAUGGACCCGGACGCGCUUUUCCAGUAUCUCGCGGACAGGCUGACAGCGUCUGCCGUCACGCAGACCUAUCAUUACAUGAUUGAGGGAGGCCUUGAGUAUGGUCUUCUGACCACUGGCGAAGCGAUUGUGUUUCUCAGGGUCGACUGGGAGGAACCGGAAACGUUGUAA